UGUCUCCUAGCACAUCUGCCAGCAAGAUGUCAACAAAAAAGAUUAUGGAGGAGGCUGGACUUCACAGAAAACACACGUCUAAUUCACCUCUGCUGCAGGGAUUCAGAAGCUACCUGGAGAAAAAGUAUGCCAAAUCAGGAAUCAAACAUGAGUACUUUUUUAACACUGCACUCUUGGUCGAUAAUGUAUCAAGAUGGUUGCAUUUUGUGAACCCAAAUGAACCUUCCACUAGCUGCAUACACAACAUUGAGAGGAGCAUGGAGUUCUUUCGGGAAAUUGGAGCUUCAGCAGCCAGCAGAGCAACUGCGAGAAAUUAUAUGAGCGGGGUGAAAAAAUGUAUUGCUUAUGUCACCUCAGAGGAUCAGCUGUUGGAAGAGGAUCCAUCUCUGCGUGGGUCAAUUCAAAAAUUUUUAAAAAGCAUAACAGAGGUCCAGAAAUCCAUUUGCAGAGGUGCCAGUAAGGAAAACUCUGUUGGAAGGUGCACAAAUCCGAGAGAGUGCCAGGAAGUGCUAAAACUGGCGAACCAUUAUUUUGCUGAGAUAAUUGAUCGGGCCAAUACCAGAACUGAAUUGCAAGAGAGGGAUAUGACGUCCGUGCUUUUCUACUUGGAAGCACUCUUGAUUUUACAACACCUUCAGAGACCAAGUGUUAUCCAGCACAUGACCGUUCAACAGUGGCUUGAGAGGAAGCGAUACCAGAGCCGCUCCAAAGACAGCGCAAGAGCCGCUGUCAUAAAGGUAAAGGAUGGAGCACAACACGUAGUGGUCCUCAACGAGGUUGAGGAGAUGUGGUUCGACACCUAUUUCAGAUUCAUCCGACCGACUUUUAUAAAGAGGAUCACCAACGGAGACAAGGGGUACUUUUUUGUCUCCAGCAAAGGAUCAAAAAUUCAGAACCCAACAACUGAUGUUCACAGAUUCCAAGAAAGGUUUAAUGCUUGUUUGUCAACCGGGAAGGAGGCACUGCAGAUUUUUGAAAAAUUCAUCAUCUGUGAAAGCAGUUUAGAAGACCAAGAAUUGCUAAAAAUAUAUCUGAGGGCAGAUUUUGAAGCAAUCGAAAGCAACCACACACAGUAUGUCCGUGCUGCAAUGAGAGUCAGCGAGCUUCAGAGGACAUGGGAAGAGCCAUCAAACUCAAGAGAUGGACAAGUUUCUGGAAAAUUUAAAGAGAAGUCGUCUGAAAAGGAGAUUUCAUACAAAAAAAUAGAAAACAUGUUUAAAGUGGAACUUGACUCCAAAGGGCCAACGCUGAAGCAGUGCCGCGAGGUUCCAGAAAUGCACGGAAAAUACUGCUUUGACAGAUGGAGGAGACAGCAGACAAAAUGCCGCAUGGAUGCCGUUAUUGCACAUUACAAGCACGAAAAGCCCACCCCGAGCCAUGUCUACAACUACCUUUGGCUACAAGCAUGGAGUAAGAAUGUUCCAAGCGUGGAGGAGAUCCUGCUGCAUUGGGAGGCUAGGAAACAGCCAAGAAGAGAGGACAACGACAGAAAAAUUCAACGUUUGAUCGAAACACAGCAGUGGCCAGGAUUAUCAAUUAUAGAUGACCCAGACAAAGGGCAAAACGUGGUGACCCUCAAGCCUUUUCAAAAGGGUGACUAUAUUUGUGACUAUCAUGGCAAGGAGAUUUCUGCAAAGGAAGGGGAACAGCUAAUGAGGUCCGUGGAGCAGUGCGAAAUGGGGUACCUGUAUUUUUUCAUGGACAGAAAGAAUAAAAGACGCUGCAUCGAUGCCCAGAAUGUUCCCUGCCCCUGCCAUAGUGAACUGGCAACCACAUAUGGGAGGAAAAUAAAUCAUUCCCGUAAAAGGCCAAACCUUAAACCAACAAUGAAAUAUUUUGCUGAUGACUCCAGGCCUCACAUACUGUUUUUAGCAAACAAAAACAUCGACGUGGGUACAGAACUCUUGUUUGACUAUGGGGUCACACGGAAAUCAUUUUCCGGGGAGGGGGCAGAACUAUCCUGGAUUGAUGACUAA